UGACUCCUGAGGAAUCCUGCCAAAACUGAGGAUUCCAAGUUCGUCGGACUAUGCUUUUUACCGAGAGAGAAAUUCCGAGGAAGGAUCGCGCUACCUGCACGAUAUGUCGUUUCGGUAGAUGGAGGGUAUGAAACUAGCAUGUCACUGGACAGAGUCCGAGAAGUUCCUUGAGAGGUGAUCUGUAAUAUAGCAGCCAGCUCAGCUUGCAUGGAUUGUUCAAAGCAGACUAAUCAUCCUUCUCUGGAAGUCAGGGGCGGAACCACCAGGGUCAAGAACGUAUGACGGGUCUGCGGGCGUAGAGAGAGGGCUGGGCAGGUCUCUCCCCGCUUGCUAUAAGACUCACGGCAGGUCCGGGGAAAGCUUCUCAGUAACAAAAACUUCAAGUCGCACUUCUACACCACAACGACAAUCACAAUGCAGUUCUCCUUGCCCUCCCUCUUCAUCACGGCCCUUGCCCUUCCCAACGUCCUGGCUGCGCCCAGCGCAAACGAGAUCCACCAGGGCGAUGGUAUCACUCUGAAGCUCGCCGAGGCCGGCAUGAUCCAACGCAUUGGCGCCGACGGCCAACUUCUGGGUGAAAGGCCUCUCUCCGAGGACCAGGUCGAGACAUUCGCAAAGAUCGCCAGCCAGAGCCAGUCCGAGCGUCGCGACGACGGCACCCUCUUCAAGAGACAGUGCCUGUACGGCCACCCGUGCACCGGCGACGAGACUUGCUGGUUCAAUGGCUGCUCUGGCUGCCUCUUUGUGACCACCAACUCCGGAGUCUGCAUCUAGUGCUGAUGGACCACGGACAUAUCAUGCAUGGUAACACAUGUAGAUGGACCUGUCGAACUCUUGGCUUGGGAUCGAAUGGGGCGAGUCUUGGCGCAUCCCACAUGCCGACUGUGUAGUUUCUGCUGGGAUCCAGUCUAGUCUAGUCAGACGAGCUUUACAAUGCAAAGUCCCGUACACUCCAGGGAGCGUAAUGAAGCGAUCAUUUUCAUGUUGCAUGGCACAAACAUUGAUGAAGAGGGUGGUAUCACAAAGAAGGAAAUAUGUCACGGUCUUGUCUACAUGUACCUUACGUCUGUUUUCGAAUGAGUGUUCGUAAGUGCGA